AUGCAACAGAUUAACACUAUUUUUGGUCAAUGGCGACCUAGACUACGGCUCGUCGGUGAGAAUGUUCCCACUGUCGACGUGAUCAUCACAUGUUGCAAUGAAGACAUCGACAUCGUUUUGGAUACAGUCAGAGCAGCGCUUCGACUGGAUUAUCCUCAGAAUCGAUACCGAGUCAUUGUUGCAGACGACGGAUCAUCUGCAGAACUGUCGGCCGUAAUCUUUGGAAUGGCAGAGCGCUUUCAAAAUUUGUAUUACACUGCGCGCGUGAAACGAGGGCCAGAUGGCUAUAAAGCAGGAAACUUAAAUCAUACAUUGAAGUUUUUGAGUAAACUUCCUCAAGGUUCAGCAGAACUUGUUGCUGGCCUUGAUGCAGACAUGAUUCCAGAGACAAGAUGGCUCAGAGCAAUGACACCUCAUCUUGUGGAGAAUCCAAGGCUAGCAGUUGUCUGCCCACCUCAGCACUAUUACAAUGUGCCGCUCAACGAUCCAUUAUGGCAAGCACAAAAACAUUCUUACAGAUGCAAAGCAUUCACGAGAGAUAUGGCGGACUCCGCGUGGUGUACAGGGUCAGGGUGGGUAAUUAGGCGUGAGGCUUUGAUUGAGAUUGGCGGUUUUCCUCUUGCUUCUCUGACCGAAGACCUGCUUACUUCGACUUUACUCCUCGCAGCAGGGUGGAAGUCGGGCUAUGUAGCCGAGGCUCUGCAGUAUGGCCAGGUCCCGGAGAGCUACCAUGCACAUGUGAAGCAAUUCACACGAUGGACAGUUGGGCUUGCUCAAAUUGGUGCCUACAUGCGGUUCACCAUACCCAGAUACCGAAUCGGAAAACUAACAUUGAAGCAAAGACUUGCGUGCAUGGAGGAUCAGAUUAUACCGUUUUUCUCGAUCAUCAAUACGAUGAACAUGAUGCUGAUGCCCAUUUUCCUGUUCACUGACCUCCAAUUCGUAUACUACCGAGAUUUGGAGCAGAUGAAAGUAUUGCUGCGAUUGAAAUGUUUAGGCAUAAUUUUCACUUGGAUAAAUCUUUUCCAUACGUCGCUCUUCUCUGGGUUUCAAGCCUGUGUUAGGGAAGGUUCGAAUGAGCUGUGGAUGGCACCAUAUUAUGCAUUAGCAAUAACCAGAUCAAUCUUUCUACCUGCCUGGCUGGGUGGUAAAGUGACUGGCUUCACCCCCACUGGCACAAUAUCGAACAGUCUCAAUGAGCGUCAGCGGAGUCUUCGCUCACCAAUGAUCUACCGGCUGAAGAACAUCAUGAUUAACUGCGGGGCAAUCUUUCACCUUGGGCUCUUGGUUCUCUGCAGUUUUGCCAUCACGAACAGAGUUCGAAACUCGUUGCAAUAUUACAGUGGUGACUGGCAAAGUUUGUGGAUCAGCCUUCUCACUACAGUAGCUUGGCCUCCUAUGCAAUGGUUUCAGCAGAUCAGCGCUUGUCUGACACCACUACAAUAUGCUAUUUUCCCUCCCGACGUCCCUGACCGGGAAUCUCUGCUAGAUCGCGACGGCAUCACAGGGGUUGCGUACCCGACUUCGAAAGCCAAGCAGGAACAAUCGCCGGUCUGGGAAGCGAGAUAUGUCCAGCUUCAUUGCUUAUCUUUGCCAUAUGUUGUUUGUGUUCUCAUCAGUACUUGGUGGAUUUGAUUCGAGGCUUCGCUCGAGCUCAAUAGGACAGGAAGAAGCCUGCAUGAAAAGUUGAUAGAACACUGGUGGAACGUCAAUAGAUACAUGCAGCAUUUUACACAUUGCAUCACGCCUCGCUCGUUAUUUCAAGAUUGUCAAUAUGCCCAGCAGUCUCAAGAUCUGCUGGCUCAGAGAAAUCUCUGGAUUCCUGGGGCAUGGGGCAACUUUCCGUUGUGCGUGGAGAGUGGAACUCGACUCAGCAAAUCAUGAGCUCGCAGCAGGAAGUUUACAUUGCGGGUGUGAAAUCACAAGUCAUACAAAAAGACAUCGAGGUAUGGAUGAGCUCAAUAGACGAACAAACAUGCUCACUCGAACUUUGGAUGUUGAAAAGCCAAGCUGAUGAACAAGUGGUGGCAGUGGCAUGUAAGCACAAACUUUAAAUUGACAAAUG